GGGGGCAGCGGAGGGGGCGGGGCCAGCGGGGGAGGCGGGGCCUCCCAGACGGACGCGGAGGGCAGUCUGUCCCCAGAAAGCUGCAGCCAGUCCAGUCAGCGGAGCGACACGCCCACAACACCACAGAGCGAGACCACUCCAGACCCGAGUGCACGAUCCCAGAGGAUCGCUCAGGCCAAGUGGGAGUUCCUGUUCGGAGUCUCCACCCAGGACCCCGGCGGCUCUACAGACGGCCGCCCUCUGACCCGCCCCCCCCCCCACUCCCUCCACCUGAAGCUGACCAAUCAGCAGAGCGGCUGGGAGCUGGAGGGUCAGAGGUCAUCGGGGCAGCAGCAGGUGCAGCAUGUCCAGGUGGAGCUGGUGACCCUCAGCCCGCCUGGCUCCGCCCCCAACGCCGGCUCCUCCCCCAACACCGGCGUCAUCCGGCGGCGCAUCACCUACUCUGAGACCGACCUGGACGCCGUCCCGCUGAGGUGCUACCGCGAGACGGACCUGGACCAGGUGAUGCUGGCGCAGGCGGAGGAGGAGCUAGAGGAAGACUCCGCCUUCGGGAGCAACCGCAGCACGCCGGGAACGCCCGGCUCUGGGGAUAGCCCUACCCAAAGCUCCCAGAGGCUGCUGGGAAAGGCCCGGCAGUGGGCGGAGCCUGAUCAGGAAGUAGAGGAGGAGGAGGGCGUGGCCAGCUGGGCAAGCGUCAGGAUGCAGGGAGACAGGAAGAGACAGGAAGACGAACGGGAGUCUGGGCUGCUGACCCGGAGGUCGGAGGUGUGGGACGGCCCCCUCCAGCUGAGGUGGCCCCUCCCCCUUCCCAGCCCCCCCCAGCUGGACUCCUUCAGCCGGCACUUCGAGAGCAUCGUGGAGUCGCACCGUGCCAAGGGGACCUCCUUCUCCAGCCUGGACAGCUGGGACCUCCUUCUGAGCCCCGCCCACACCUUCAGCUUCGACCUGUCCACCCUCACGCCCUACAUACAGGCUCAGGGGAGAGAGGGUCCCAGGCAGAAGAUGGACCUGAGUUUCGCUCCACUGGUCGAACCGGUUGUGUCCAGUCUGGACGAGACGUCGCGUUCCGAAACACUGCCCACCGUGCGGGCGGGGCUUAACGGAGGAGGAGGAGCCAAAGAUGACCUCAUCCCCAGAAUGCGUCCCCGGAGGGAGAGGGAGUCAUGGCGACGAGCCAACAGCAGAGACGACGUCCAUAAGGCUGACUCCGCCUCCUCGCUCCAGGGCAGCUCCCGGGAGCGUCCUCGCCCCCCCCAGGAGGAGGUAGAGGGCGGGCGGGCUCUAGGCAGUGGCAACGCGCUGCUCAACGGCACUAAGGCAGACCUGCAGGCGGCCAAGCGGCUCGCCAAGCGGCUGUACAACCUGGACGGCUUCAGGCGGUCCGACGUCACGCCCCAGCUCAGCGGCAGCAACGAGUUCAGCAGGAUGGUAGCAGACGAGUAUCUUUCCUACUUUGACUUCAGAGGUCUGAGCAUUGACCGAGCGCUCCGAGCGUUCCUGAAGGAGUUUGCUCUGAUUGGCGAGACCCAGGAGAGAGAGAGGGUCCUGUGUCACUUCUCCAAGAGAUUCCUCCAGUGCAACCCUGAUACCACUGAUGAAGACAGCAUCCAUACUCUGACCUGUGCUGUGAUGCUCCUCAACACGGACCUGCAUGGACCCAACAUUGGGAAGAGGAUGUCCUGCAGUCAGUUUAUCGCCAACCUGGAGGGACUGAACGGAGGGAAGGACUACCACCGGGAGCAGCUGAAGGCGCUGUACAGCUCCAUCAAGAAUGAUAAACUGCAGUGGACUAUUGACGAGGAGGACCUGAAGAAGUCGAUGUCGGAGCUCGCUGACGGGCGGACGGACUCCGCCUCCCACACCCUGAAGCGGGCUGCCAUUGGAGAGCGCUCCCUGGGGGGCGUGGCCCUGCAGGCCGACGCCCAGCUCUAUAAGGAGGGCUUUUUGGUCCGGAAGGUUCACGCCGACCCGGACGGGAAGAAGACUCCUCGGGGGAAGAGGGGGUGGAGGUCGUUCUACGCCGUCCUGAAGGGCCUGGUACUGCACAUGCAGAAGGGGGAGCAGGGCAGCGAGGAGGACCUGAGGAACGCGGUGUCGGUCCACCACAGCCUGGCCAUGCGGGCGGCCGACUACAGCAAGAGGGACAACGUGUUCUACCUGAGGACGGCCGACUGGAGGGUGUUCCUGCUGCAGGCCCCGAGUGCUGAGCACAUGCAGUCGUGGAUCACGCGGAUCAACGUGGUGGCGGCCAUGUUCUCCGCCCCUCCCUUCCCCGCCGCCAUCGGCUCCCAGAAGAGAUUCAGCCGCCCGCUGCUGCCGGGGUCCCCCAGCGCCUUGACCCAGGAGGAGCAGGUGAAGUCUCACGAGAUCCGGUUCCGGGCGGUUUGCUCGGAGCUGGGCGACCAGACCCCCACCUCCCCCGACUGCAAAGCCAAAGGUCGGGAGCUGGAGGAGCAGAGGCUACGGCUGGAGUACCUGGAGUUUGAGCAAACGCGCUACGGGACGUACGCCAUGCUGCUGCGGGCCAAGCUGAGCGGGCCAGCCCCGGACCAGGACCCCGACCUGGGGGCCUUCGAGGCGCGGCUGCUGGAGGAGCCGGGGCUCCAGAGGGCCCGCUCCAGCCCCACGCUGCCCCAGGACAGCGGCUCCUCGCUGGGCUGCACCGGCCGCCAGAAGAGCCACAAGCAGCGGAGCUCCAGGAGGGGCCAGGCCGCCGCGACCGGGGGGCAGGCCUAGACCCCUGGGGGGAGAAUGGGGGUCUGGGGGGGGGGACUGGGGGUCUGGGGGAAGCCCAGAAGGAGGAGGCGGAUGGAAUGAUGGAUUGACUGAUUGUCUCCAACCAUCACCUUGAUGAGCAUCUCCAUGGUAACCGUCCUUCGGGGUGAGGUCCUGGUCAUCAUCCUCUCUGCAGGACUCAAAACAUCAAACUCUCCUCCCGUUGCCAGGGGGUUGCCAUGCCAACCAAUGGAGCUAGCGUGGGAAUGUUGCCGUGGCAACGCAGCCAAAGGCCCAGCAGCCCCAGCUUUUUGUCCCCGGCCAAACAACCCCCACAAUGCACCUGGGAGCCAACUGGUCCUCAAAACGCUCUCACACACAUAUCCCACACACAUAUAUGUACCACACACACCCACACACACAAAUGUAUGAACACACACACACACACACACACACACACACACACACACACACACACACACACACACACACACACACACACACACACACCACACACACACACACGUACACAGACGUACACACACACGCACACAGACGUUACAUCACGUCCUCAUGUCCCGGCUGUGAAUCAGAACAUGCCAGCUGGUCCCUGGCUCUGCUGGGAGGGACCGCCGGACCGCCGGGCCCCUGGGCAGCCGUGGGAGGGGCCAGUAACCAUAGCAACCCAGGCCAAAGCAGAUCUCAUGAUGAUGGCCACCAGCCACUGAGAAACCAAGCAAUGCAUCAUGGGACAUCAGGGGAUUGACACUCUGGCAGCACGCCUGCUUGUGAUUGGACGGCCGUAUAAGAGCUUGAGGUCAGGUGUUUGAAUACGUGUGUCUCCGCUCUGCUAUGCUAACAGCUAACGGCCUCAUGUCUGUCCACCAUAAGACUCUUUUAACCCCGUCAGACAGGCUACUGUACAAGCCAGUGACUAGCUAUACGUAAGCAUUACCCAUCUAUUUGCUAGCUUUGUGUUAGAAUUGCUAAGCUAGCAGCUAACUAUGAGUUUGCAUUACAUAGCUAGCGGCUAGCUAAAUGUUAUUACAGCAAGUGGCUAGCUAUGUGUUAGCAUUAACUGCUGGCUAGCUAUGUGUUAGCAUUAUCAAGCUACCUACUAGUUUUGUCUUAGUAUUGUCAAACAAGCUGCUAACAAUGUGUUAGCAUUACAUAUCUUGCUGCUAGCUAUAUGUUAGCAUUACAUAACUAGCAGCUAGCUAGAUGUUGACAUUACCCAGCUAGCAGAUAGCUACAUGUUAGCAUUAACUGCUGUUUAGCUAUGUGCUAGCAUUAUCUAGCUACCUACUAGUUUUGUCUUAGUAUUGCCCAGCAAUCUGCUAACCAUGUGUUAGCAUUACCCAGCAAGGAGCUAUGUGUUAUAUUUACAGAGCAUUCUCUGAGUGAUGUGUGUUCUUUGGUUCUUCACACAGUACUCUGCUGUUCAAUAGUACCGUAAUGGUACUCUACCUUCUCUAAAGCCUUGGUGUGACUCUAGAGCUCUAAACUGGACCUCAUCUCAUAUCCUGUUAGUGUACAAAUAACCAUUCAAGGAUUCAUCUUCAAUACCUUUAAAUGACAGCAGCUGAUUGGCUAAUCCUGGAGCACGAUGUUGUCAUCUGGACUCACUUGUCAGAAGCCUCACCUGGCAGCAGCCUCACCUGAGCCGUGGAACGUCUGGAUCAUCGGUUCCUCUUCUGAUUCUUUAAAGACCUCCAGCACAACGGAGUGUCGAGAUGAACAGCUGGCAUUGACUGGGAGCUAUGGGAACCAGUACCAAACCAUAGGACUGGAAGCUGGACCAGUAAUAAACCAUAGGGCUGGGAGGAGCUGGACCAGUAACAAACCAUAGGACUGGGAGCUAUGGGAACCAG